GGCGCUUUCCUCUGUCCUCGCCGCCAGCCGGUAUUCGCCUCGCACCCCAGCUUCGCGGCCUUGGAGGUGGGGUCCUUCCUCCUCCUUUUCCUAACUCCCCAAAUCUUGGCAUCGCGGGGUUGAACCUCGGGGACCGGAAGUGUGCGCAGCGGCGGCGGGUCCCCCGGCAAAUCGACGCCGGAAGUAGCUCUGCUGGAGAGAGUCCGCCGGCACCACAAUGGCGGCCAUCCCUCCGGACUCCUGGCAGCCGCCCAACGUCUACUUGGAGACCAGCAUGGGGAUCAUUGUGCUGGAGCUGUACUGGAAGCAUGCUCCAAAGACCUGUAAGAACUUUGCUGAGUUGGCCCGUCGAGGUUACUACAAUGGCACCAAAUUCCACAGAAUCAUCAAGGACUUCAUGAUCCAGGGAGGUGACCCAACGGGGACAGGUCGAGGUGGUGCGUCUAUCUAUGGCAAGCAGUUUGAAGAUGAACUCCAUCCAGACUUGAAAUUCACGGGGGCUGGAAUUCUUGCAAUGGCCAAUGCAGGGCCAGAUACCAACGGCAGUCAGUUCUUUGUGACCCUCGCUCCCACCCAGUGGCUUGACGGCAAACACACCAUUUUUGGCCGUGUGUGCCAGGGUAUAGGAAUGGUGAAUCGGGUAGGAAUGGUGGAAACAAACUCACAGGACCGUCCUGUGGACGAUGUGAAGAUCAUCAAGGCAUACCCUUCAGGGUAGUCUUGCUGCUCUCUUGGGUACACCAGGUCUUCUGAGAUGGCCCAGCGAACCAGCUUCCAGAUGACUUAAUAACUCUGAACUUCAUUUUGGCCUUGCGAAUCAUGGAGCUAAGGAGGCCUGGGGUCUUGGGUGAGUUAGAGAUAAAAGUAUAUUUUUAAUAGGAUGUUCCUUUUUGCUUCUCCCUGAGCCUCAGCUCACAGAGCAUUUGCAGAAAUGCCUGUACAUGACCACACACAGGUUACUGCUCACUGUAGACGACCCACACUGCUCCUCCUUGUGUGUAUCUGCUCUGAUAACACUUGGAACAAAAUGAAGCCAACUCUGUCAUUUCACAACCAAACUUCUUUCUGUGAAGAUUUAUAUUCUGGUCUACACGCAGUCUUUGGUGGCUGACGGCCACAGAAUUCAAAACCAAGUAGUGUCUGUCAGCCUUCUGAACUCUGUGCACACCCUGUCACAGUCUCCUACAUUUGUUCUUCCCGGGAACGAUGCAUCUCUCUAUAUUGUCCCUCAAAACCAGAACAUCAACACUGCUGUUUCUGGCACUUAGACAUCCCACGCAAAGCCAUGUUGGAUUUUUGCCAAAUGAAAAAUGCAUUCAACAAUCAAGUGUCUAAGAAGGUGUCAAGUGGGGAAUGAUAAUGUGUAAUAAUCAAGAAACGAAUUUAUUAAAAGGAAGCCAGAAGCAUUGACCAUUUUUUCCCCAGGAAGGAGUAGAAAUCUGUAGUGAGCAUAGGAACAGACUGAAUUGUCUUUCUCGGAAAGGGGAAGUACCACUUAAGUUUUUUUUAAACCUGACUUUAGAGAAACUAAGAGAUUUUAUAUGUUAAGGGUUUUUUUUAAUCUUUUUGAUUUUUGUAGGGGGAGGUUAUGACAGAAAGGAAGCUAAUACCUAUGUAAUACAUAGAAACUUCCUAAAUAAAAUGCUGUUGAUGGUUGAAA